AUGGAACGCUGCUUCGAAGAGAUCUCCUCGGCGGUGCUGGACGCAGGCGAGCUCAUUUCGUACCGCACACUCGGUAUUCGAUCGGAAACUUCAAACUCUGUCAGUAUUGAUGCACUCGAUAAUUUUCUCGCUAACAACGACACCGUCAAGUCUUUGCAGCUGCUGAUCGAGCGCGUGGCCGUCGACAGUGAUGACAACCGUCUAAAACCGGCGGCAGCCAAGCAUGACCCAAGGUCUCGCAUCAUAUCAUUUGCGCUAGGUAAUCAGACAGACAGAAAUGGCUUAUUCUGCAAACAGACGUAUGCGCUCUACAACAAGUCAUAUUUUGCAGAAGAUGUCGCUGCUCAAGUGAGCGCCAUAGCCACAGUCUGCUAUGCUCAAGAGCGCCAGGUGCGCAACAAAGUGCUUAGUAGCUUAGUAAAGCAUGAACCGUUGUCUACAUCUGCCAAAGCGCUGUAUGCGAGCAGCAUUAAGUGUAAAGAGGCAACGACGCGUCAGUGCUUUGGGGAUCAAGGAGAAGAGACCAUCUCAGCCUUCGAUGGCAUAAAUGUGCCAGCAACAAACGGCAAGGUGUCGUCUUCUUCGUUCUUCAAGCGUAGUGAAAAGAUGGGAUCGGUUGAAAAGCGUGGCUCAGUGAGGAAGGGAGGGUCCAAGACAAGUAGCCAGCCCAAAGUGACGAAAUUGGAUAUGAGUAACCGCGUAACUAACAAGAGGAUAAUCAGUGAUGAUGAAGAUGACGAGGCUGAACUGCCGGCCGUCAAAGAAUCAAAUACUUCGUUGCCAAAGAGUCGCAACGUCAAGCGAAAACUAAAUGCUUCGCCAGUAGAGGCAAAGAAAGCACUACAAGAUGAGGAACCGGAUGAAGAUGUACGACGGAAACAAGGUGUGUUGUCUAAAGUUGAGGAUGACGAGUCUGAAGAGGAGCCUAUUAUUGCGACAAAGAGACAAGUACUCGUUUCGAAGACUCGUAUCAAUGAACAAGGUUAUAUGGUCACGGAGAAAUCUUAUCAGGAGGUCGAACUAACGCCGGACGAGAUCGAAAACGAGCGGAAAGCUGCGAAAAAGAAGAAACGAAAAAAUAUUGCUGUGGAAAACGCUGCCAAGGCAAAAAAGGAGGCCAAACAGCAAAGCGGGCUGCCUAGACAGCGUGACUUGCGCUCUUUCUUCUCAAAUAAGUAA